AGUUGCUCAUUCUUCCUUUGUGCUUUCUUUGUACCGAAACGUAUUGAUAGGAGCUGAGAAAGGGAAAGAUCUGCAACGGGUCGUGGCGCAUCAGCGCUCCUCUCUCUUUCCAUCUCCUCCUGUUUCUGAAGACUGUGUCGUGCUGAUUUAGUGACGUUCAUUGUAUACUGACACCUCACGGAAGGCGCCUUUUCGCCAUUUCAGUGUGUACGUCUGUGGUUUUACACCGCUGCCCGUCGAGCCUUCGGCCACCUUCCCACUCUACAACACAGGCAGCGUGCUUCGGAGCUAGACCUCUUUCUCUUUUGGUUUCAGCCACAACUCUUUUUUGUGCUAAAGGCAGUAUUCGUGUAAUUAACCGAAAAUCAUUUUUGCGGCGGCGUAAAUCAACGGAGGACCGUUUUGGAUUGGAGCUCACGAAUCAUAAAUAGAUUGAACUAUCUGCAACGGCGACCCUAGAUCUUACAAUAGCCACAGUAAUAGCAACAACAGCAAAAAACACGACAGACUUCACACAUAUUCACGUCGAAAUGAGUAACGCUGCACCACCCGGGCUUGACGAGGAGGUCGCCGGACCUCCCGGCUUCGACGACGACUUCUCCACUGCCGAUCCCACUUUGCUGGCCAAGAUGGAGGAGGAGGAGCAGCGCGAGGCGCGGCAGCAGCAGAUCCACGCGUGGCGCCGCAUGAACACGGAGCGCUACGGCUUCCGUGCCACCUACCGUGCCGCGGUGGAUGAGAAGGACUUCAUGCCGCCGGAGUUUAUUCGCAAAGUGGUGAAGGACAACGGCGACCUCGGCGGCAAACGCUUCAAGUCGGAGCGGAAGCUGUGCGUUGGCAUGCUGCCCUACAUCCCCCUUGCCCUCUUCAAGCUGUUGGAGAACAUGCCGAUGCCGUGGGAGGAGGCGCGGUACGUGAGCGUGGUCUACCACGUUGGCGGCGUGCUCACCAUCGUCGACGACACCCCAACUGUCGCGGAGCCGCUCUACGUCUCGCAGUGGGGCUCUAUGUGGACCAAGAUGCGCGCCAACAAAGUGGAGCUGCUCCAGGAGGGCGGUGGGUUUCGGCGGGCGGUGCACAAAGGCGACGAGAACGAGCCGCCGCUGGACUUUGCCGAUUACUUGAUGGAUCGCGUCCCACCCCCGGCAGUACACGACGAGCUCGACGAGGAGGACGGCGCCGCCAUCGCAGACUGGUUCUACGACCCGUUUCCUCGUCUGACGGCCCCGAACCAGAUCCGCGGCCCGCGUCGGCCCAACGGGUACUACUUCACAUUAGAGGUGAUGGAGGCGCUCUACCGCAACGCCGCGCCGAUUCUCCCGUCACUGGACGACAGGAACUACUUUUAUCUUUGGGACCUCAAGUCGUUCUACGCUGCGAAAGCAAUGCACCUCGCCAUCCCGCGCGGGCCACGGUUUGAGGCUCCGCCUGCCAUCCGGCAGCAGAAGGACGAAGAUGAGGACUGGACGGAGUUCAACGAUCUGCGUCGCAUCAUCCAUCGCGACAACCCACGGAAGCCGCGCUUUACGAUGCUCACGGAGCGCCAGAUCGCGUUUCCUUUUCUCUACGGAGCCGUCGUGGACGGUGUGGAGCUCGCCCCGUACCACUACCCGCCCGCGUUGCGGGUGGAGAACGAUGACCCGGAGCUGCCGUGCUUCACGUUCCACCCGUCGCUGAACGCAGUCAAGGCGGUGGAAAAGAAGUACACCGACGUGCCGCGGUCAAAGGCGGCCCUGUGCUCUUCCAUGUGGGACCGCGCCGGCGGCCAGCACACGGAGGACCCUGCUGAGGUGCCGCUUGACCUUCCCGACGACUUUGAGCCGUUCUUGGCUGAUUUGCCGCUCGAGCAGCCGGGCACCAAGACGGGGCUCUCCCUCCUCUUUGCGCCGGAACCUUACAACUCGUUUGAGGGCGGUAUGAAGCGGCGCAUCGACGUCCCUCUGUGCGACAAGUGGUAUCAGGACCCACCGGAGAUGACCACCACCGACACCCGCGACAAGAUUCUGCGCAGCUACACGCAGCUGCUGAAGUACCACGUCAAGCGCUCCCUUCACCGCACGGUGCGGCGGAACAACCGUGCCGCUGCUGCUGCUGAAGAAGUUGCGCUGAAUGCGGACAUGGACGACGGCCAGGAGAAGCGGCGUUUGGCGAAAAUGGCGGCGAUGCGCUACUUCUCCAAGACGCGUAUGGAGUGGCUGGAGGCCGCGUUGCAGGUGAUGCGGCAGGGCCAUAACAUGAUGGUCCAGCUGAUCAACAUGAAGUGUCUGCCCUACGUUCACAUUGACUACAACUUCGAAGCGAAGCCGACCCGCACCUUGACGACGAAGGAGAUUAAGAAGAGUCGACUGGGCCCCGCAUUUCACAUGAUCCGCGAGUUGCUGGGAUUUGUGAAGCGACUCGUCGAUAUGCACGUCAUGUACCGACUCGGUUCCUCGGAUGCCCUGCAGCUGGCCGACGCCACCCAGUAUCUUUUCUCGCACGUUGGUGUGCUGACCGGCGUCUACCGCUACAAGCUGCGCGCGAUGCGGCAGAUCAAGCGUAGCCGUGACGUGAAGCACAUGCUGUACAGCAAGUUUAACGUUGGCGGUGUGCCGAGCGGACCGGGCUGCGGCUUCUGGGGUCCUGCGUGGCGGGUGUGGGUGUUCUUUCUGCGUGGCAUGACACCGCUGCUGCAGCGCUACCUGAGCAACCUAACCGACCGUGUGCUGCAUGGGCGUGUGCAGAAGGGAAAAUUCACUGGCAAGAAGAUCACCCGCCAGCGUGUGGAGCCGGAUAAAGACGUCAACAUUAAGGAGGCGUUCCGCCGCGAACUGCGCGAGAUGCUGCCCGACAACGUCAAGAACUCCGUUAUCGUGACGAUGGACCAGCACAUGAACGAGGCCUUCCGCCACUGGCGAGCCGGAUCGUCGUGGAGCGUCCCAGGACUGGCGAAGCCGCUGACAGACCUCGUCAACAAGUACGUGAAGCUGCGCUCAGAGGAGUACAUUCGAACCACGCAACUGCAGCGCCGCCGCAUCGCCGAUGGGGACACGGUGGACAAGCAAGCCUUCAUGAAGAACCUGGGCCGCCUCACGCGUAUUAAAUUGAUGGAUGAGCAGCGGAGGCAGCGUCGCUACAUGUCCGGCGAGGACGCCGCCACCAUCAUCGCGCCAGCCGAGGCCACGGAGAUGUACCGCAUGAUGGCGAAUUGGUUGAGCGACCGCGGAUUCAAGAAGAUUAGCUUUCCCGAUCCGUCCAAGACAGCCGAGCUUUCGCUGCUGCAGCUCUCGCUGAACCGACUGCGUGACCAGCACAACAUCGCCAACCGCCUCACCGCGAACCAGCGCGAGGAGCAGGCGCGAAUUGAGGAAGCCUUCAACGCUCCGCACGAGGCCCUGUCCCGCAUCGUCGACGUCCUGGCCCACCAGCGCCGCUUCAAGAACGUUGAGGUGGAGUACAUGGACAACUUCUCCCAUCUCUACCCGCUCUACACCGUUGUCCCGCAGGAGAAGAUGGUGGACUCGUUCCUCGAUCAGUACCUCUGGUACAAGGCGAUGGGGGUGCAGCGUCUGUUCCCGAACUGGGUGAAGCCGUCUGACGUGGAGCCGCUGCCGCAGCUGCUGUACAAGUGGUGCGAGGGCAUCAACAACUCACCCGACGUGUGGGACGUCACACACGACGAGUCGGUCGUGCUGCUGCACAGCGACCUGGAGGACGCGUUUUACGACAACGUGGAGUGGAACUUCUUCCGCCCCAUGCUGGAGCUCAUCAUGGACAAGUCUCUUGUCGACUAUAUUGUGAGCCGUCACGACGUAGUGGUCGAGUUCAAGGACAUGAGCUACCACCACUACAAGGGCCUCCUUCGUGGUUUCAUGUUCUCCUCUUUCCUGGCGCAGUACUGGGGCCUUAUCAUGGACGUCUUGCUGCUCGGCACGCAACGCAGCAAGGAGAUCGCCGGCACGGCCCUGAAGCCAAACCCGUUUAUGUCCUUCUUCCGCGACCCCUACCUCGCCACGUCGCACCCGAUUCGCGCGUACUGCCGGUACAAGAACGAGGUGUACCUUCUGCUGCGCUACACCAAGACAGAGGCGGACGAGGUGCGACGGCGCUACUUGGAAGAGACGCAGAGCGAUCCAGAGAUGCGCGCCGUCAACGCGUCUGUGUACGGGUUCAAGAACGCGAAGGAGUGGCCACGCGAUGCGCGCAUGCGGCUGUUCUUGUCUGACGUGAACCUUGCCCGCGCCGUGCUGUGGGAGUUCCGCGGCCGGCUCCCGCCGUCGCUCGCCACCGUCAGCGAGGCAAACAGCUUCGUCAGCGUGUACUCCAAGGACAACCCGAACCUGCUGUUCGAGAUGGCUGGCUUCUCGGUCCGGCUGCUGCCCGUGGUGCGAACAGAGGAGGACGUGCUUGAGAACGAGUCCAUGUGGAGCCUGCGCAACCACACCACCAAGGACAUCUCGUGCCGCGCCUUCCUGCAGGUGUCCAAAGAGCACAUCAACAUGAUCCGCAACAAGGCGCGCCGCACCGUCAUGAUGGUCGGGAGCUCCACCUUCCACAGCAUCGCCGCGAAGUGGAACGCGCUCAUUACGGAGCUGGUGCCCUACUACCGCGAGGCCAUCUUGGGCACCGAGGAGCUGCAGGCGAUCCUCGCACGUGCGGAGCACCGCAUGCAGGCCCGCGUCAUGAUGGCGCUGAACUCCCGUGCCAAGUCGCGCUUCCCGCCCGCGAUGUUUUACGCUCCUUCCGACCUUGGCGGGCUGGGCAUGCUCUCCGUAGGCCACUCUCUCAUCCCGGCGAAGGACACGGUGUACUCCAAGACGACCAGCACCGGUGUCCAGUUUUUCUACGCCGGCCUCACGAACGAGGAGGGCAUUCCCAUCCCAAACGUGCUGCAGUACUACACCCCGUGGGAGACGGAGAUCAAGGAGAGCGAGAGGGCCUGGCUGGACUUUCGCACCCGCGAACGCGAGGCGAAGGCGCGUGGCGGCCGCGUCUCCCUCGACGACAUUGAGGACAUCAUCGAUAAAGGCAUCCCCCGCAUCCGCGUCCGCUUCUCGCGGCACGCGCCGCUCUUCCACUUCGACGCCGGCUUCCGCGCUCGCCUAGAGUUUCAGCGCUUCAUCGCGGGCAAGUACCUGAAGAACUGGUGGUUUCACAUGGAGCACGACGGCAACAUCUGCGGCGGAGUGAUGGAGCGCUACCGCGCCGACAUGAACAACGCCCUGGGUGGAGUAGAGGCGAUUCUGGAGCACAGCCUGUUCAAGGGCACGGGCUUCCCGUCGUGGGAGGGCAUCGAGUUCGACCGCUCCGGCGGCUUUGAAAACUCCAAGAAGGACAGCAAACUGGCGAAGCAGCAGCGCGCUGGUCUGAGUAAGGUGCCGAACCAGCGUUUUGCGCUGUGGUGGAGCCCUACCAUCAACCGCUCCGACAUCCAGGCCGGCUUCGAGUCGAAGGUCGAGACCACUGGUGUCUUCAUGUGUGGCAAGCUCGAAACAAUCAAGAAGUCGCUCAUCAAAAUCUUCAGCGGCUCCCUGUGGGAGAAGUCGCACGCGGCGGUGGUAAACGACAUUGCCAGCAAGCUGAAGGACAGUCUCAUCGACCUCGGCGCCGCCUCUGUCACGCUGCAACAGCAGCACCCCCAGAAGUCCUACACGUUCACGAGCUCGGCGGCCGACGUCGUGCUGGUCAGCGCCGCCCGCUGGUCCGUUUCGUCGAAGCCGACCAGCCUGGCCGAUGAGGCGGGCGACGUGUACCAGAGCAACACCACGGCGAAGUACUGGAUCGACGUCCAGUUGCGCUGGGGCAACUACGACGGCCACAACAUCGCCGAGUACGCGCGCAAGAAGUUCUACGAGUACUCCACGGCUCGCAUGUACCCCUUUCCCGCUGGCAUCGUGGUGGCCAUCGACCUCGCCUACAAUUGCCACAGCGCUUUUGGCUACUGGGUUCCUGAAAUGAAGCCGUUCAUGAACAAGCUCCUGCCGGUCAUCAUGAAGAACAACAUCACGCUGAACACCCUGCGCGAUCGCAUGAAGCGCGACCUUGGCCUGUUCAGCUCCGCCCCUACCGAGGCGAGCCUGUCGGACACAAACAUCGCGGAGCUCUUCUCCAGCGGCAUGCGCACCUGGAUCGUGGAUGACAGCGCGACGUACGUCACGAGCGAGCAGCCGACGCCGGAUGGCGGCAAGAAGUUCAAGUCGGAGAACGGCGCCGUGCUCGUUUUCGAGCCCGUUUCCGGCUCGCUGAAGAUGAGUGUGGUGCACAAGAGCGUCUUUGCCGGACAGAAGCGGCGGUCCAAGCUGGCCCGUGAGAAGGCGGCGGAGGAGAUUGCGUCGUGGCUGCGCAGCUGCCCCCCAAGUGAGCGACCCAGCAAGAUCAUCGUGACCCGCUCCCGCUUUCGACAGACGCUGCACAACAUGCUCGUCCUCGAUUACCCGAACAUUAUUAUUGGCCAGAGUGAUCUGAACUUGCCCCUGCCGAUGGUGCUGCGCCACAGCCGGCUGGUGGAGCUGCGCAUCGCCGCGAUGGAAAGCAAAGGUUGGGAGUUUUGCAUCUACGAUGACUGGCAGCAGAGCCUGCAGUUCCAGCCCAUCACCUGCUUCAACUUGCUGAAUCUGGUCUUGCGCGGCUACCACAUUAACCUGCAGCGCACGCGGCAAAUUCUGGUGCCGGACCUGCACGUCGAGGUGAGCGCGGCACAUUUUUGGCCGACGUACGCGACGCGUCAGGAGUGGGAGCAAGUAUCGAUCCGCUUGCAGGAGAUGAUCAUCGCAGACUCCGCGCGCCGCAUGAACGUGAGCCCCAAAGACUUCACCGAAAAGGAAAAGGAGGGCAUUUUGCUCGGAAAGAAGAUGGUGAAUGUGGAGAUUCAGCAGGAGGAGAUAAAGGAGAUUGAGCAAAUGCGGCGCACCAAGCUGGCGGAGGCGCAGACCGUGAGCGUCGUGACCAGCAGCGGCGACGUGGUGAAGCGCAAGGUGAAGGCGGCCUUCGACUUUGGUGCGACGGCGCUGGACAACAACUGGCGCCCCCGGUCUCUUGCGGACGCCGCCUUCUUGGACGAGAACACCAUUGUCACCUUUGACGCCGCUGGCGCAACCGGGGCAAGUGAUCAGCUCAUCUUUGCCGAGGACACCAUUCAAAAGCUGCUGGCGUGCUGCGAUGUGAAGGUGCAAUGCUGUGCGUACAUGUUUGGCCACGCCCUGCCCGACUCGCCGAACAUUAAGGAAGUUCUGUGUGUGAUGAUCCCGCCGCAGUUUGGCACGGCGGUGGAGUCCCGCACCCCACCGCGCAUCCCCUUCGACGCGCCGGCUCUGCAGGAAGGCAACCUGUCCUUCUUGGGCCUCCUGCGCGUUGGGGAGAGCGAGGCGCAGCUGACCUCGCACGAUCUCGCGCUGCAGGCGCGUGCGCUGGAGGUAAACGAGGGCAUGGUGCCGAAAGGCUUCCUCACUGCGGUACUAGAGAUGUCCGAGGAGGGGGUGAUGGUGCGAUGCUACAGCACCACGGCGGAGGGCAUCGCUUGGGCGCAGCAGCAGUACGAGGCACUCUUGAAGAAAACACCAGAGACCGCAGACACGGCGUACUACUCACCGUGUCGCGGCACGCUCUCGACGGAGGCGCGAGGGUUCUUUUUGGUGCCGGCAGAGCGGGCGUGGAAUUACUUCUUCAAGGGUGCCCUGUGGCGCGAGAACACCGAGUUCGACGUCGUCGUUGAUCUCCCACUCUCCUUCUUCGACCCGCUGCACCGACCGGAGCACUUCAUCAACUUCGCGCGAAUGGGUGAGACCGUCGCGGCCGUGGACAUGGCGGACUCAGACGACCUUUUUGAAAACGAGGCCGGCACGGCCAACACUGAGUGA